AUAAGGUCUCUCGGUGCGCUCGGGCUUGGCUGAUGCAGGUUCUUGGUUGAGAGAGGUUUUUUGGUUCUAGUCGGUUUGGAAUAGGAUGCGUUUCAAGACUAGAGGACAGGCAGUCUCAUAAAACAUACGGACAGAUGAUAUCUAAUGAUCAACAGCGGCGAAAGAGGUCAUAGGAACUGAAGACAGCUCCAAAAACUGAACGUUAUGGAACAUAUUUUUAGUCUCCUGCUGCUGUUGUGCGCACUUGCACCAUCGCCGUUGAAGGGCGCAACCGUAAGCUUGCAGAGCACACCCACCCUGCCUGAGAGUACAACUGUGCAUGCACUGAGCAACACCACCAUGAACACUACAGUAGCGCAAGGCAGCUCUGCAGAACCUAGCCAGGACACUCACAAUUUCACAGUCAUCACGGGAACUGAGGCAAACACUGUUGCAUUCACUGGUAUGCAGGAGAGUGGUACCGACGGACCUACAACAAAUCAAACCCUGAGUCAAUCAAUGAAUUCAACAACUGAACAGCCCGGUCCACCUCCAAAGGCCAUUACGACAGAGCUACAAACACAGGCACCAAAUACGCAGGAAUCAAAUUCAACACUUGAGACUACAGAGAACACAAACCAAACAGAAGUGACACCAUCACAGUCUAGCGCAGAUGUCACCCACCAUGAUUCUAGGAACCCCAUAUCAACGGCCACUACAGAACAAACAACCAGGGCAAUCAUUCCACAACCAGGGAUGUUAACUACUCCUCAACUAUCCACAUAUUCAGCAUCGGUGAGGCCAGAGCCAACAACUGCUUCUACAGUGAGUCGUAGUGCAAGCACAACUGUGAAGAUCCCGCGACCAACACCAACCUCUAUGAAGAGCACCACAAGAAAAACAGUUCCACCAGUUAAGCCCAAACCGACUCCAGAAAAAAAUGACGACGAAGCAUCCGAGACGCAUGGGAUCGCCGCCGCGGUCAUCAUUAGCCUCAUUUUGCUGAUGAUGUUUGUGGGAAUCAUAUUCAUCAUGGUGAAAAAGCGCAAGUGGCAGAGGAGGCAGCAGGAAAAUUCCGACUGGGCCGGUCCGUCGCCGUUCCUCGACGGAAGCAGCCAGCCUCAUUUCAGCAGGAGUUCGACCAAAGACGAGUCCAAGAGGAUCUCUUUCGUCGGCUUUCUUCCACAGAGCCUCUCGAAGCGCCACUCUAUGCUCGAUGACACUGACGAAGGCCUGGCCAUGGACAUCGUGCCAGCUACCACGUUCGGACAGACCACCGACACCACCAUCGAAACCAAGCCACAAAAUGGAACAGCUAAAGCUAAAGAGCACAAGGCUCAAGAGAUUAAAAAUGAGCAAGAUCAUCAGAACACAUCAGAGAGCCUUCCGGUGACAACUGCUGUGGCUGACCAUAAAACCCAACCUGAAGAUGCAGCCAUCAAGGAAAACGACAACUCUGAAGGAGGCCUAGAACAGACUCCAUCUCUUCAGCCAUCCACUGGCUCCACCAAUAUCCCGGAACCUCCUCAACCUUUACCAAUCCCCUCUUCAGACAUCCCCGAACCUCCUCCACCACCAACCGCCUCCUCAGACAUCCCUGCGCCUCCUCCACUUCCAACAACUGCUUCCACAGACAUCCCUUCACCCCCAACAACCACCUCCACAGACGCCAUCUUUCCUCCAGCCCCAGACAUGGAUCUCCAAUCUUCAAAUGACACAUUGCCAGCAUCAGAAGUGCAGAUCCCUCCUGCACCGCCUUUACCCGAAUCAUAGCCUCAAACAAAGCAAACAAACAAUAGGACAAAAUCAAAUGGUGAAUAGAAAGUUGAUCCUGAGCUUCAGUUAAAAUGAAUGCAAACUGCAUGGUAACGAAAUCUCUUUCUACAGAACGUUUCAUUAAUUAGCCAUCCUGAAUAACCAUGUUUAAACUUCAGUCAUGUCACUGAAAGAUUGAUAUAAUGUGUGUCUGUGCAGUAAUGGAUUUAUUCCUAAAAUAAACUAGAUUACUGAGACAAUGCGCUAUGAGGUGAAACAUUCACUUCAACAUCACACAGAAAUGAAGAUACAUAGGAUAGUCAAGGAUACAAUAUACAGUAAGAGUGCUAAAUGCUGUGUGAAACAAUAAAGAGAGGAACUGCAAUGGGGCUGCAAAAUGAAGCCCAUUUAACAGUGAGUUACUGCAAUGCUACAGCCUCAAAAAGCACCGGUCUGGGUUUUGUACAGAAAACUGGACUGUCAACGAGCAACUGCAUGAAAAGAAACACAAACAAGGAGCUACUGCCUACUGCCUUACUUACAGACUUAAACACUGACUUCUAUUCAGAGCCAAUUCUAAUGGGACUGGUUUAAUUUAGCAGAUGUGACAUUCAGUGCUAAACUUGGCACACACCCAGAAGAACCUAGAAGAAACGGUCACUUUAACAUCAAUGUAUGAAUUCAUCCCUGUCAGGUCUCUGUCAAUCACAAAACACUUCUUGACACAUUCAACAUGUUGACUGUUUAUCAGUGUAAACCCUGUCUGAGUUUUUUAUGUGGAUUAUUGCAAUGGACUCAGUACAUGGCACCAAUGGUAUAGUGUAAUUCAAAAUAUGACUAAAUCAAAACUGUAAUAGUGAUGUUAUCUACAACUCAUGUGUCAGACAUUAAACUGCUGAUUUUUAGCAUGUUCUGCAUCAAAAGAGGAGGAAAUGUCUGCAGACCACAGCAAGAAACUUUGCAACUAUUUUAAGCUGUCAAAAAACCCUUCCUUUUCAAAUGUGACAGUUUCCUGUAUGGGCCCUUGAUGUUUUUGCCGGCUCUGGAAAGCUAAAUACACAACUUCAUUGCACAUCACAUUGUACAUUGUGCUCAACAGCUGAAAGUACUUAAUAAAGCGCUUAUUUCUCAGUAGCCCUUACAAUGGUAACAGGGGAAAGUUCCCCACUGCAGAACAGGAAAAGCUUUUUUAAGCACUAUGUGAUUUUAAAAGGUGCACUGUGUAGGAGUGUGGCCAGAGAAGAGGUUGAAACUGUGCUGUCUACUGCCAAAUUUGAUCAUUUCAUUAAUAUUUAUUAAGUAAUAAACUUCUGUUUACUAAUAUGACCAAAGUACAGUAAGUUUUCCAGCAAAAUAUGUCACAUUUGUGAAUGGGCAGCAUGCAUUCUGGAAAUAACCUACUAGAAAUAUUACACAGUGCACCUUUAAGCACUGCAAGUUUGUUCGAUGUGCUAACCUUUCUAAGAUAAGACAUGUGUAUACCGAUGCUGGUUGUAGGCAAACUGUACCAUAGCAAGAAAAACACAUUCGCUGAUUUGUCAUGAUUUCACCAAGGAAAGAGCUGUGAGUGUUGCAAUGCAAAGCUGUACUGUAACAACACCUCUUGCUUGGGGUGUUGUUGCCAGGCAGUUCCCCAUGCAGAGGGGGUCUGCUCAUCCUUCCUGAUUGGUUCGUCUGGCUGCAACAAAUAUUAAAGCUCAAUGCCAACGCUGCCCCUGCAGCGACGUGCCAGGGUCUCUGGACGGCUCUAACUCACACCAGAAACGCUCCUGUCAGGGAAUCUAGUCAGUGUCUUCCCUGAGGGAGGCAAGCCCAGUCUUGACAGUAAUGCAGCAGUGUGUUAUUUAUUGAGGGUUAUGAUGCGUGCAAGCUUGUGUCUUUUGGUACGCGACAAUUACAGGCAGUGAGCUCAGUGUGAAACUCUGAAAAUAGUUGAGUCACUGCGAGACACAGUGGGCUAUUCUGCCAUUCAUUACUAGCCGAGCAUGUUUCAAAAUGUGUAUGCGAGACGGUCGACUGAAUGAGGCUGUGCUGUGAGAAACCUGCUCACAUUCUUUUAUGGUGCUACUGAGUUGACAGCAUCAACAUACUGUAGCAGAGGCCUAAUGGUGACUGAAAUUAAUGGACUGUUUCAGAUUACAGCUAUAAGAAGACAGCUCGAACAUCUAUAUGGUAUUGAAACCCUCGAGCAGUAAAAUCUAGCUAUGGUGACAGUUUAUAAAUCCUAGAUCAUGAUGUCCACAUGUAAUCUGUGUAUAAGAAUAGUGUGUAAAGAUUAAGGCAAGGGGAGCAGAUUUUAAAUGAUCCAAGGGUGUCAGGGAUCAGCUACCUGUAUAUGGGAACAGACUGGAAUCUGUAGACAAUGUGCCAUUUUACCAAAUAAAUCUACCAAACAUGUAUUCUGUAAACUGUACAUUAAUGGGGUCAUAAUCAUAGAGAUGUGCAAUGUAUGAACACAUACGCAAUUGUCAACACCCUUCUUUUCUUUGGCGAGAAAAAACAUGUUACAGUUACUUGCCAUUCAUCUAUUGUUGCAUGUUACACCUUCAAUACAGCACAAUACAGAGCUAUUGCUUCAAACACCUCAAAGACGCCAUGAGUUUAGGAGAGAAUCUGCUUCAAUGCCCUUUCCUUUAAAAAUACAACCCAGCGAGAGAGUGGAUGGCAAAUGACUAAGUGUGUCAGAGGAGCCACUUCUCCUUUCAACUUCCUCAUUUCAGCUAUUAAGACCACAGCACAAAGCCUUCCGAUUCUCCUCUGUCCGCCCGGGACCAGAGGCGGACUUUUCAUUUGACAAACCUAGGCAAUUGCCAUAGGGCCCAGACCAAAUCUGUCCCUCAUAGGGGCCCCAAGCUGUCACACCAGUCGCAGUAAACACAAAAAAAUAGUCUAGAUCUUAAUUUGUCACUUAUGUAAAGUAAUGAAGGAUAUAUAUGAGACAGCAUACUAAAAUAGCACCAAAACACAUAGUUUUAUAUGUCUACAUGACUUUUGAGGGCCCCAUGCUUAUAUUUCGCCUAGUGCCCCAAAACAGCUAGAUCCGCCCCUGUGCACAACGCAGCUGAAAGAACACUGCAGCUGGGGCUGGAUAAAUUUCAGUUCAGCUGCAUUCGAUCUACCAGUUGUCUACUUUGUCAUUUGCAGUAACAUGUUCACAUUGACAUUUAGUUAGAUGGUGUUUGUUUUCAGGGGGGAAAAAAUCUCACAAAGUGAGAACUAGGUGCAACUCAGCAACUAGUGAAUUUCCACAAGACAUCCUGUGUGUCAACUCUGACAGUCUACAAAAGCUGCCAGUCUAGAAAGUGUGAUUUUACAGAAUCACACCAAAAUGAGCCAAAUCCAUCACAAGCCUAACCAUAAUUACAAAUUCUACAAGUUCUACUGUAGGUAUGACACACCUACAUACUCUAUCUCCAUCUAUGGUUGUUGCCAUCUUCUGUGUUGACAAUCAUUUUGCGAUAUGACAACAGCGCAACACUGAAAGUGAGAUUAUGGGACAAAAAAAUGCCCAUGACAGAGUUCAGAAAGAGCACUGCACCAAAGACCACUGAACUCUGGUAUUGUACAUACAUAGUCAUUUCACAUUGUGGCUGUGAGACACUGCUUCAAAUACAACCCACACUGGCUGGGAAAUGUCAGAGAGCAUUAUUAAGGUCUGUUUAGACUCCUCCUUCAGUUGCAGGACACAUACUGUCAGCAGGGGGCUAGCAGCAGAUUACGGACAAUUCAGCCUGGGAGAAAUAUAUGCUGAUCACUACAAGGGGUACCAGCUCUAAAAGAGUGGGGUGUGGUGGCUUUUUGGGUACGUGAUCUGCCAUCACCCCUCGCUGACAGUACGUGUCCUGCAACUGAAGGAGGAGUCUGAACCAGGCUUUACGCUUCUUGAACAUGGGUCCUUAACCACCACAGGACCCCUGAGAGCUAGCAGGAGGAGGACACAUGCAUCAGUGGAGGGGCACGUCAUCAGCUACAUGCCAGCACGGCAGGAA